AUGGCAUCUCUACAUACAUACGAGAACCAAAAGGCUUGGAAGGAGAUCCAAAAAUUCCUUCCACAACGCCUAGCAUUCACCAAAGACCAUUCUCCUGUUGAAGAAUGGUGGGAAAAUCGCGGUCACAAAAUCCAUCUCGACCGGUGGCGAAACCCGACUGCUAAGGUGAGGGUCAUUCUUCACCACGGAGUUGGCACCAACGGGCGCCAGAUGUCGAUGAUCCUUGGGGUACCUCUACACUCAGCAGGAUUUGACCUUGUGGCUAUCGAUAUGCCUGGCUAUGGGUGCACUCAAGUCGCGCCAGGCAAGCCGGUGUCGUAUGAUGACUGGGUCCAAAUUGCGAAUGAUUUCAUCAAUGUCGAGCUCGAAAGCGACCCUCGGCCGAUCGUACUCUACGGCCUCAGCGCCGGGGGUAUGUUAACGUACCACGUGGCCGCGCUGAACAAGAAAGUCAAGGGCAUUGUGGGUAUGACAUUUUUAGACCAACGCAUCCAACAGGUCCGCGAUGAGACAUCAAGGAACCUUUUCAUGAGUAGGGUUGGAAUCCCUCUAGCCACGCUUAGUGAUAUUCCGCUGUUGAGAUCUUUAUCCCUUCCAAUGUCGCUCGCGAGCAAGAUGUCCACCUUGGUCAAUAACUCGGAUGCGUUGAAGAUUUUCCUGGCAGAUCGAUCUUCUGCGGGUUCUUGGGCUUCAAUGCACUUCUUGUCAUCGUACAUGACAUACCGACCAGCCCUUGAACCUGAGGACUUUGAGGUCUGUCCGAUUCUCCUUACACAGCCUGAUCAGGACAAAUGGACACCUCUGCACCUCAGUGAACUGGUUUUGCCGCGUGUCAAAAAGGUGCCAGUCAAGACCGUGGUGCUUGAAAAUGCAGGCCAUUAUCCUCUUGAGGACCGUGGACUUCAACAAAUGGCUGAUGCGAUCAUCGAAUUCCUUCAAGAAAUUGCGCUCUAA